AGAACAAGGGAUAGUGGCCAUGAGGCCCAGUGAGAGAAGGACAAAAGAUGUAAAAGAGAAGAACAAAGGAUGUAGCGGAAUAAGGCCCAAUAAGAGAAGGGCAAGGGAUAGUGGCCAUAAGGCCCAAUGAGAGAAGGACAAAGAAUAGUGGCCAUAAUGCCAAGCAAGAGAGGGACAAAGGAUUUAGCAGCCACAGAGCCCAGUGGGAGAAGGACAAAGGAUGAAGUGGCCAUAGAGUCUGAGAGGACAAAGGAUAGUGAUCAUAAGGCCCAAGGAGAGAAGGACAAAGGAUGAAGUGGCCAUAGAGCCCAAGGAGAGAAGGACAAAGGAUGAAGUGGCCAUAGAGUCUAAGGAGAGGACAAAGGAUAGUGAUCAUAAGGCCCAAGGAGAGAAGGACAAAGGAUGUAUUGGCUAU